AACAAAACAUUCUUUUGAAAAGCUAACCUGCAUCAAUCUCCCUCGACCUCUCCGUUCAUCACCUACCCACCAUAUUUUUCCCAAUUUAAUCAACAACCCACAUUUCCGAUUCAUAAUUCAAGAAAUGAGUACGGGCGAACUCAUCACCGUCGAUCAAUUAGACCUCAAAUUCCAUUUUGAGUUGAACAAACAGAUCAAUUCAUCGCUCAAGUUAACGAAUAAUACUGAUGAUCAUGUGGGUUACAAGGUGAAAACGACGAAUCCGAAGAAGUAUUGUGUUCGUCCUAAUACUGGAGUUGUUUUGCCCAGAUCAACAUGUGAAAUUAUAGUAACAAUGCAAGCUCAGAAGGAGGCGCCUCCUGACAUGCAAUGUAGGGACAAGUUUCUUCUUCAGAGUGUAAUUGCAAAGGCGGGAGCAACUCCAAAAGACAUCACCCCUGAAAUGUUUACCAAGGAUUCAGGGAAUAAAGUGGAAGAGUGCAAGUUAAGAGUGGUAUAUCUUCCUCCAAUCCCGUCAACUUCAUCCGUUGUUCAAGGAGCAGAGGAAGUGUUUACACCUAAAGGAUCAGGGGGUUCAAGAAUGCAUGUGGAUUCUCUUGACAAAUCCUCAGAGGUGAGAUCUCUCAUUUCAAAGUUGACUGAUGAGAAGAAUGCUGCUAUUGAACAAAGUAACCGAAUUCGACAAGAACUGGAACUCUUGAGGCGCGGAAGCAACAAAAGCCAAGGAGGCGGUGCGCCUUUGAUGUUUGUCAUCAUCAUUGGCUUCAUUGGAUUGAUUCUCGGGUACAUCAUGAAGAAAUAAAGAAUCUUUCAUCGGCGUGGUCGGUUACUUGGUUGAAUUUUUUUUGCUUUCCUUAAAUGAUCAUAACUGAUGUAGGAAAGGGAAGAAAUUCAUGAGUGGUUUGUUUAUUUUUUUUUAGUCUUUUUUAUGACAAUAGAAGAAGAGAAGCUUAUAGUUGUUAGCUUAUUUGUUUAAAGGGUAUUGUAGACAUUUCACAAAUAAAGAUAUGAGCACACCACAUAGUUUGAAGGGUCGAA